AUGAUUUUCUCAUUAUCGGUACUACUGCCUCUAGGGGUAGUUUUCUUGGCUGCGUUACUCCUUCGUGGAUAUUUACGACUUCGACACAUACCCGGUCCUCUGCUUUCUGCCUUCACGAAUGUGCCUCGAGCAUACUGGGUCUGGACCAAUAAGUCUCAUGAGAUUCAUAGUGGCUUGCAUAAGAAAUACGGGCGACUGGUGCGCUUCGGACCCAACAUGAUCUCUGUGACUGAUCCGCGAGAGAUCCAAAACAUCUACAAUUUUGCUGGCAGUUUUGGCAAGUCUGAUUUCUACCGGGCGCUAGCCUUCUAUGUGAAAGGAAAGCCUGUCCAAACCAUUUUCGCGACGCAAAAUGAAAACAUCCAUCGACAGCUGCGAAGGCCUAUCGCCGGGAUGUACUCAAUGACCAACUUGGUCUCUUUUGAGCCAUACGUCGACUCCACUAUGCGAUAUUUGUUCGAGCGGCUUGAUGAAGAAUUUGUUAAACCCGGGCGUAUCUGCAACCUGGAAAGCUGGCUUCAGUACUUCGCGUUUGAUGUGAUUGGCGAAUUAACCUUUUCGAAGCGCCUCGGCUUUCUGAAAAGCGGCGAAGAUGUAGAUGGCAUCAUCCAUGCCAUUGAUACAUUCUUUAAUACUGCCUCAGUUGUUACACAGAUUCCCUGGGUUGACUGGCUGUGGGCUAAAAACCCUCUUCUCGAGCGCUUUCGUUCAAAGAAGGUCAACCCGGUCGUUGCUUUUGCCUUAGCUCGAGCUGCCGAGAGACAAAACCAGAGCAAAGAGGUUGCGACAGGGGAGGAACUCAAUUCGAGAGACUUUCUCUCACGGUUCCUUGAGGCGAUUGAGAAAGACCCGAGCAUUCCACCAUGGGCAUUAACUGCGUGGACCACGUCAAACAUCGGCGCAGGAAGCGAUACAACAGCUAUCCUGCUUCGUACUAUCAUUUACCAGCUCCUCAAGCACCCUGAGUGUCUGGCAAGGCUCCUCGAGGAACUGAAGGUCGCUCGUCAGGAGGGCCGACUUUCACCAGUCGUCACCUGGAAGGAGAGCCGUGAGCUUCCGUACCUCGAUGCAGUCAUUAAAGAAUCGGGUCGCUUGCACCCUCCUUUUGGGUUGCCUUUCGAGCGCGUAGUGCCGCCUGAGGGGGCUGUUAUCUGUGGACAGUCUAUUCCUGGUGGAUCCAUAGUGGGCAUCAGUGCCUGGGCUAUUCAUCGAGACCCAGAAACAUUUGGUGAAGACUGUGAGGAGUGGAAUCCAGACCGAUGGUUUUGUGAUGAUGAGACAAGAAAGAAGAUGGACAGUGCGCUUAUGACGUUUGGUGCGGGUCGUCGUGUGUGUCUUGGGAAGCACAUCUCAUAUCUCGAGAUCUAUAAACUGAUCCCGACACUCUUCCAGCGUUAUGAGCUCGAACUCACCAAUGGUGACGGAUGGGAUGUCAAGAAUCGUUGGUUUGUUCACCAAACAGGGUUGAGCGUAGGAAUUAAGUAUAGAGAAGAGGACCUGGUAUGA